ACUGAAAUGCCGAAAUGGUUGUCAGCUGUUUGAGGUUAUGUUGUUAACUGAAGUAGAGCUUGAUUAUUCAAAACUUACCUAUUUUUUCAAUUAACUUAGUUAUUUCUUUAAUACCGUAAGUGUGUGGUCCUUAUCAAAACAAAAUGCCAUGUGAAAUGAUAACAUUGCAACUUGGCCAGUGUGGUAAUCAAAUUGGCUUUGAAUUUUGGAAGAAAUUAUGUGCUGAACAUGGAAUUAAUCCGGAAGGGAUUCUUGAAGAUUAUACAACCGAGGGAGUGGACAGAAAAGAUGUAUUCUUUUACCAGGCAGAUGAUGAUCACUACAUUCCUCGAGCCGUCCUUCUUGACUUGGAACCCCGAGUGAUACACACGAUUAUGAAUUCUCCAUAUGCAAAGUUGUACAAUCCAGAGAAUGUGUAUCUGUCAAAGCACGGGGGCGGAGCAGGUAACAACUGGGCGUCUGGUUACAGCCAGGGUGAGAGACUUCAUGAAGAGAUCUUUGAUAUCAUUGACCGAGAAGCCGACGGCAGCGAUAGUCUUGAGGGAUUUGUUUUAUGCCAUUCUAUUGCUGGAGGAACAGGAUCAGGAAUGGGUUCGUAUCUACUUGAGAGGCUCACCGACAGAUAUCCCAAAAAGAUAAUAGAAACAUAUAGCGUAUUUCCCAACCAAGAUGAAAUUAGUGAUGUGGUCGUGCAGCCAUACAACUCUCUGUUGACACUAAAGAGGCUGACCAAGAGUGCGGACUGUGUGGUAGUACUGGACAACACUGCACUCAACAGAAUAGCCACAGACAGACUACACAUACAGAACCCUUCCUUCACUCAGAUCAACUCUCUUGUGUCUACAAUAAUGUCUGUCAGCACUACAACUCUCAGAUACCCUUCCUAUAUGAACAAUGAUCUUAUUGGAUUGAUUGGUCCUCUCAUUCCAACUCCAAGACUUCACUUUCUGAUGACAGGCUACACACCACUGGCCAACGAACACGAG